CGUUUGUAACAGUGCGGAAGUUUGAGCGCCGUUCAAAGUGGUUGUAAUGUGAAAGGUAUUCUGUUUAAAGUGUUACAUUCGCUUCUGAAAGUGUAGCAACAACAUUCUGAAUGGCCUAUUUUGUCACUAUUUUCUAAAGUUGAAGGCUCUCUAACAUGCAAGCUGUACUUAACUUGACACCAGACAGAGAUAUCUUCUUGUCAUCUAGUUAUGUAAAAUGCCACAUAGACAAGAAACUAGUGUUGUCACUAGCGCAACGUAAAACACGCGGUGAAAACUUGUAGCGUUUCGAGUCAGGCUGGUUCUGUUUCACACUUAGCCCACGGUCCCCUGUGCUGGCCGGAGAACUUGCGGAGCGGCUGCCAUGGCUGCGGCACCAACAUCCAUCUACAUGAAGUCCUCAGACCUCAUCAAGAAGGAGCCGCUGGACUAUGGUGGCUUUGGGCAGGUGUACCUGUGUUACCACAAGACCUAUGGCCAGGUGGUUCUCAAGACUGUCUACACAGGGCCUCCACGCAAUGAGGGAAACAAAAAAUCACUGAUCGAAGAGGGGCUUCUUAUGCAGAAGCUGAACCAUCAGCGUGUGGUGAAACUGCUGGGGUUGAUCCUGGAGGAUGGGGCAUACUCCUUGGUGAUGGAACUCAUUCCCAAAGGCAACCUGCUGGCCAUGCUGAAUAGUGUUGAUGUACCUAUGUCCAUAAAGGGGAGGAUCAUUUUAGAGAUCCUUGAAGGAAUGGUGUACUUAUCCAACAGCAAUGUGAUACACAAAGACUUGAAGCCAGAAAAUAUUCUAGUGGACGAGGAGUUCCACAUCAAGAUUGCAGACCUGGGCCUAGCCACCUGCCAGUCGUGGAGCAGGUUAACCAAGGAAGAGUCACGGCGGCAGAGUCGGAUGGGAUGCCGUAGCUAUGCCAACACUGCUGGCACCCUCUGCUACAUGGCCCCAGAACACUUGGACAGCAUUCACGCACGCUCCACUGAGAAGUCCGACGUCUACAGCUUCGCCAUCGUAGUCUGGGUCAUUCUCACGGGCAGAGAGCCGUACGAGAAUGCCUUCAACGAAGACCAUAUAUGCCAGUGUGUGCGGAAAGGGGAUCGCCCUAAUGAAAGCAUCAUUCCAGCCUGUACGCCACCAGAGAUGAUGACGUUGAUGAAGAAGUGCUGGCAUCAAGACCCGAACCAACGGCCAACAUUUGCAGAAAGCUACGAGUCAUUCCAGCUCUUUUACAAGGACAAUUUAGAAAAAGAUGUAGAGAGAGAUGCAUGUGACCUUAUGGCAAAAUACAAAGGCCCAACAGACUUUGUGGAAAAGAUGCAGUCCUUGUCUAUGGAAAGGUUGACUUCACAAACAGACUCUCCAACCUCGUUGAGGGCGGAUGUGUCCCCUGUCGAGGCCAGCAUUGAGGAUAUGAACUCACUCACCAGUUCUGAGCUGUCCAUCCAGGGAGAUGCUGCCCCUGUCUGCAACAACCUGGAGGUUAAGCUGGCUCAGGAGCUCGAUUACCACAAACAUGGCAGCUACAGCUGUGUGGACCACUCUGCUGCGGAAGUUGAGAGAGAGACUUGGAGGGAGAUGCUCAGAAGAGCAGCAGCUCCUCAGCAGGUUUCCUCCGUUCAGUCAUGGACCAAGAGUGACCCUGUUGCCGGGAGCAGUCUGGAGAACUUCAACUGGUCUGGCCAGUUGCCUUCAGUACCAAGCCUGAGUCCAAGUGUGGGAGUGCCGCCUAUGACAUCCUAUUCCCAGUACCAAUAUUCCCAGUAUGAGCAAGCCCAGCCCUGGCCUGUGCCCAUUCCAGAAUCUGAAGCCCCAGACCCUGCAGCUGGAAUGCGUUACAACUCAGCUGCGAUGCUGCCUCAUUCAGAUCAAGGAAGUCUGUUUAUACAAAAUGCCAGUGGGAUCCAAAUUGGUCACAACAACCAGCUUAGCAUCAGAAGUCAAGACUACAGUUUGGCCGGCACUCACGCCACCGAAAGUAGUACCAUGUUCAAAGAGCUCCUCCAGAAAUAUGAGGACCACUCCGUGACGGAAGAACACCUCGACUUGCUCCGCGAGAACAUCGGAGUUAAGUGGAAACGGUGUGCACGGCGCCUGGGCCUCUCCGAAGUGGAGGUGGAGACCAUUGAGCACGACUACGCACGCGACGGCCUGAAAGAGAUGGUCUACCAGGCGCUAGAGAAGUGGAAGAUGAAGGAGGGCUAUGUGGGCUGCACAGUGGGCAAACUGUGCCGUGCCCUCAGUGACUCCGUCAAGGUGGAUCUCCUCUGCAGGCUGCUGGAGAUCUGCCGAAGCCCCACUUCUCCCAUAAGCUGAGGAGGCCUUAUUUACUCUUGGCUUAGUUAAUCAUCAAUUAAGACAGCUUUUCAAAAGUGUUGGGACUGAAUCAGCAGGCAGCCAGAGAAAGGUGUCUUCACAUGGAACACUGGUGUUUUUUCUCACGCUCUGGGAGGCACGUGCUGUGUGACUCCUGGAAGUGUACCAGUGGAAUGAUCUCCCCAGUCCAGUGCAGAUGGUCAGAAGUGUUUAAAUUGAAAUGUUUCACACAUUGAAAUCCUGUGGUCCACAACUUUAGUCCAGAGAUGAGUACUUUAUUGCUUUAUUUGACAUUUGAAUACUAUAAACGUUACUGGAAAGUAUUUUCUAUUAAAGAUAUCGUAUCUGUUAAUUCAGAGGGGAUCAACUUGGUAAAAGUCUCAACAGCAUUUCACUUAUGUUUUAAAAGAUGUAUCAUAUCUAGUUUUUUUUUUUUCUAAAGUUUUUCUUUUUGACUAAUUUUAUAUGGCAGUAUUAUUACCUGGCCAAAGUCAGCAUGAAGUACAACAGUAUUUGUCUGCUUCAUGAAUUCAUUUACUUCCAGAGUUAAUGACUUAAAUAGAUUUAGGUGUCAUCAUCCCAUAACUUCUGCUUCCAGAUUUUCUAAUGUAUUUUAAUAUUACCUUACAAAUAACCUUAACAAACUAGUUUGUUACUUUCUGAUGCAGCAUUAUUGGUAGUUUCUUACAAAUAAUGAUUCCACUAUUUUUUUUUUUCUAUUUUUAAACAAGCCAUUUUUCAUGUAAUGGAAUUUAUGACAGUUCAUCUGAAAUCAUUUGCAUGAGUUAUAUAACAUAAGCUAUAGUAAAAUAGUUGAAAUAUAUAUUGUAAGCAGAUCUUGAAAGAGAUGAUGCCAAAACAAGUUUUACUGUAUGAUUUGUGACAUAAAAACAUAUGUUUUAUAAGAAGAAAUUCAUAGUAGACAUUUUCUAUAGUGAUGAUAAACAUUCAUAUUGGACAGCAUAUGGGUUGAAAGUAACUGCUCAUCCAGUUCAGUGGAAGUAUUUAAAAGGUAUUUUAAAGCUUUAAUAAAGCAUCAUGGGGGACGUGCAUCUUAAAUUCGCUUAACUACAGCACCACCACUUGGUAGUUCUGUUAAUUACAAUUUCACCUGAUGCAAGGACACCUUUGCGCUAACCUUGUCACAAUAGCACAGGGUUUGAGAAGACUUGAAAGAUAUUAACAUGUAUUUUCAAUUUAUUAUUGUGAGUAUAAGGAUAUGAAGAAUUUUGUUUUUGUAAGAUGGUGGUGGUUGUGAUAUUGUAUAUGUACUCAUGCUUUAUGACUCAUCUUUACCAAGCUAUGUGCUUGCUAGGGUGCCAGUCCAGGAGGAUGGCAGUGAAGCUUUCAGAGAUGCACUCCAGCAGACCCUCUAUGGCUGUGCUAUUGCUGAUGGAGGUGUGGCCAUAUCAACAUCUUGCUGAUGGCAAGAUUGGUUUUGUUGAGAAUCAUUUCGGAAAAAAAAAACUGCCGAUGUUCACUAUGAUAACCACAUGCUCAUUCAGCGUAUCUGUGAACUUGCGGCCUUUAAAUA